UGCCGGUGCCGCGCUCGGCCUUGCCGCCCGGGUGCGGGUGCGGGUGCAGGUGGCGGGGGAGGAUGGCGGCGGCGGCGGCGGGGGGCGAGGAGUGGGGGGGCCCGUCGCGGGCGCUGCGGGCUCUGACCUGGCUGGGUCAGGAGUUCGUGUCCGACUGGGAGGCGCAGGACUUGCGGGCCGCCCUCUUCCAGCUGCUCGUGCUCUGGCUCCUGGUGAGCUUGGUGGGCAUCCAGGUGGCCUGGCGCGUCUACGGGAACACCGUCACCGGCCUCUACUACCGGCAAGGUCCUGGAGGACAGAAUGGAGGGACUCCUGAUGGCUCCUCCCACUUCUCAGUGUGGGAGAGCUCAAGCAAUGAAACUGUGAAAACCCAUCGGGAAUAAUAACGGAGCUAACAAAACCAGACUGUUGCUGCUCAGGAGCAUAGAGGAUGCCUGCUGGGCAAGAGGCCUUGGUCCGUCAGUGCUAAGGAAACUGCAGCCAUGCUUGCCUUUUCUCCUGCCCUGUGGCCUGGCUGCUGGCUAACACUGGUGCUGUAAGGAUUGUUCCCCUGUGACUGCUCUGAUCCCUCCAGUUAUCAAGUGUGGAGUCUCAGGGUUGCUCUACUCAGGUUGGGGAAGCUGCAGUUUCCCUCCUUUAAGUUGUUAGCAUUCUUCUUUUUGCUGUAGUGCUAUUCAUUCUGCAAACCAGCCUUGAGUCUCCUUCUGUUCAACAUCAAGGUAGCUUAUUGGGUUGGUUGGGUUGGGUUUGCUUUCUUUUCUGCAGUUGUGUUUGAACUCCUCUUGGUUUAAAACAGUUCAAGGGAAAUAAAUCUCAAGGAUGAAGAAGAACACUGAUGUUGGGGAGAGCCUCAGAUUUUUCUUUAGAGUUUAAGUCACCCUUGCUAGUAUCAGACGAAAGCUGUCUUUAGCAAGCUGUGGUGGCCUAGUCCAAGAAAUUUGAAAUCCUUUCUCGUUCCUUGCCUCAAUAAGUCUUUGCACUGUGUGUCCCCAACUGAGAUCUACGAGCUCACCAACUUCUACAAAUGUUCCCGCUCCAAACUAUAGUUCUUGGUGCUCAUUCCCUGGAGGAGUAAUGUAGAGUGUGCUCUGCAGCUGUGUGGUAUUAGAGGUACUGAUUAGCACUUCAUUCUGCCAAACGCUGCCUCCUUGUUGGUUGUGUAUAAUGUACAUAUUAUAAAGAGAUAAUGGCCAAAGCAAA